AUGUCAAUGAGUUUUGAUAGCAGGGAUACACCGAGUAAGAAGCGAGUGGUAGAACCAGCAGUGUUUGUUUGUGUUAGCUUGGUGGCACGAGGAGUGGAAGGAGCAGUACGGAGUGAUGUUAAGGAACUCCUGGAGCCCAUGAUGGCUACUGGCUUAUCUCCUCCCCUGACAUUAGCACUUCAGGAGCUUGCCAGAGAAAUCCCUACUCUCAAGGGAAGUGUCAGCUACUGCCACUGUUCUCCUCACCACCUUCACCUCCCAUCAGCUUUUGGUGAAAAUAAGCCACAUUUCAUUACCAAAUUACAGCAAACAUUAGAUAUUUUAACACAACUUAUACCAAACAAAUAUAUAUUAUCGAAUUAUCUCUCAGGCAAAACAAUGAGCUACCUGCUAGGAUGCUUAAGAGGAAGAGACAAAGAACGUCCCACUGCCUUCGUUACUCUCGGUCUCUUGGCGGUGGCAGUUGGCUCUUCUAUUAAGAAGUAUUUGCCAAAAAUCAUGGAAGUUAUAAAAGCCUCACUUCCCACUAAGCAAAGGCCAACUAUCAAGUUGGCAUGUGAGCUCUGCUUGAGAGCAUCAAGUGAAUGGUUUACACCGAGUAAGAAGCGAGUGGUAGAACCAGCAGUGUUUGUUUGUGUUAGCUUGGUGGCACGAGGAGUGGAAGGAGCAGUACGGAGUGAUGUUAAGGAACUCCUGGAGCCCAUGAUGGCUACUGGCUUAUCUCCUCCCCUGACAUUAGCACUUCAGGAGCUUGCCAGAGAAAUCCCUACUCUCAAGCGUGAUAUUGCUGAAGGGUUGUUGAGGAUGUUGUCUCAGAUCUUGAUGAAUCGAUCACUUCCCCAUCGCUCGGGUGCACCACCACCUCCACCAUCACCUGACCAUCAAGACACAGCCAGUAUUGUCCUAGCAUUAAGAACUCUUGGAUCAUUUGACUUUGAAGGAACAGGACAAUCCUUGAUGCAGUUUAUCAGGCACGUGGCAGACCAGUACUUGAGCAGUGAACAUCGGGAGGUACGCCUGGAAGGGGUGCAGACCUGCUGCCACCUCUUGCGACCAACCUUUGCAACUCUUGGGCGACGUAUGUCACAGACCCAGACUCACAUCAUAUUUAAUAUUGUGAGCAAAGUCUUGUGGGUUUGUGUUACAGACAUGGGUAAGUGGAUAUUUUUAUAUACCCAUUUUUUUUAUUGUGAAAGUAACUAACAAUUGCUUCAACGCAUUUGUCAGACAAAGAAGUAAGUAUAGGCACAGGAAUUUGGUAUUAGUGGUGAGGCUACUUUAUUAUGGUAAUUAUUAUUAUCUACCAUUUUCAAAUAAAAAUAUAUGCAGUAUUUUGUCUUGCACUGCUAUUAGUGAUAGAAUUAUUGUCGUAUUUCACGGCUUAUUAGACAUUUUUUUCCAUAAAAUAUCUCCAAGAACCACCCUGCAUCCUAUAAACUGAAGGUCAGUGAUGGGAGUUAUAAGUUUGGUUUGUGGGGUGGGCUGUAGCUCUCCCAGUUAUGUCUGAUGCUGAGCCAUUGAAACUAAAACAAGUCUUUUAAGCCACGUCUUAUAAGCCACGAAAUACGGUACUAGGAAUUAUUGGUAGACAGCAGCCACCCAGGGGGGUACUACUGUCCUGCCAAGUGAGUGUGAAAUGAAAGCCUGUAAUUGUUUUACAUGAUGGUAGGAUUGCUGGUGUCUUUUGUCUGUCUCAUAAAUAUGCAAGAUUACAGGUACGUCUUGCUACUUCUACUUACACUUAGGUCACACUACACAUACAUGUACAUGUUUAUUUAUACACACUCAUCUGAGUUUUCUUUGAUUUUAUCUUAAUAGUUCUUGGUCUUACUACUUUCCCUUUUAUAUCCAUGGGGAAGUGGAAUAAGAAUCUUUCCUCCGUAAGCCAUGCGUGUCGUAAAAGUCAAAAAUAUACCGGGAACAAUGGGCUAGUAACCCCUUUUCCUGUAAUUACUAAAAAGAAUAGAAGAAAAUUGUCAAAGUGGGAAGUCUGAAUGUGCGUGGAUGUUGUGCAAAUGAUAAGAAAGAGAUGAUUGUGGAUGUUAUGAAUGAGAAGAAGCUGGAUGUCCUGGCUUUAAGUGAAACAAAGCUGAAGGGGGUGGGAGAGUUUCAGUGGAGAGGAAUAAAUGGGAUUAGGCCAGGGGUUUCAAAUAGAGUUAGAGCUGAAGGAGUAACAAUAAUGUUGAAGGAUAAGUUAUGGCAGGAAAAGAGGGACUAUAAAUGUAUUAAUUAAAGGAUUAUGUGGAGUAAAAUAAAGGUUGGAUGUGAAAAGUGGGUUAUAGUAAGCGUAUAUGCACCUGGAGAAGAGAGAAGUGUAGAGGAGAGAGAGAGAUUUUGGGAAAUGUUGAGUGAAUGCGUGGGGAGUUUUGAACCAAGUAUGAGAGUAAUGGUGGUUGGGGAUUUCAAUGCUAAGUGGGCAAAA